AGAGAACGAUAAUCUUCUUCAAUUCCAUGUCUACUUCCAUGAGCCUUCAUUUCCCUCUCUAAACCUUCAUCAGACCAUCGCCAAUGGCGGUUGAAUCCCUCGUCUCCAAAACCGUAACCCUAGACUCCACUCGUCUCUUCCUCUCGGCCACCAACUCUUCGCAAUCCUCCCUUUCUUUUCCUCCAAUUCCUUCAUCUUUUCCUCAUUCUAAACUUAUCCCCAAGACCCGCUUCCUCGUCGACGCUUUCCGUCUUGCCUCGGACUUCUCGGUCUCAUAUUUCCUCUCCCAUUUCCACUCCGACCAUUACUUCGGCCUCACUCCCUUCUGGUCCAAAGGUAUCGUCUUCUGUUCGCCCACCACCGCUCGCCUCCUCAUUGAAGUGCUGAAGAUUCCGCAAAAUUUCAUCUUUCAGUUGCCCGUGAAUGAGACUGUAGUUGUUGAUGGCUGCGAGGUUACGCUUAUAGAUGCCAAUCAUUUUCCUGGGGCAGUUCAGUUCUUGUUCAAGAUUCCAGGUAGCAACGGGAGUUUUGAGAGGUAUGUGCACACGGGUGAUUGUCGCUUCUCUGAUUCAAUGAAAUCGGAUAGGUUUUUAAGUGAAUUUGUGGGUUGUGAUGCAAUUUUCUUGGAUACUACGUAUUGCAAUCCGAAGUUUGUGUUUCCCUCGCAAGAAGAGUCGGUUGAAUAUGUUGUUAAUGUAGUGGGGAGGAUAGGAGGAGAGUACAUGGAAUCGAAGAAGAGUGUUUUGUUUCUUGUUGCCACUUAUGUUGUUGGUAAAGAAAAGAUUUUGGUUGAAAUUGCAAGCAGAUGUCAUAGGAAGAUACAUGUAGAUGGGAAGAAAAUGGCAAUUUUGCAUGUUCUGGGCUAUGGGAAUUCUGGGAUUUUUACGGAGGAUGAGAGUGAGACUGAUGUUCAUGUGGUUGGCUGGAAUGUUUUAGGUGAGACAUGGCCUUACUUUCGACCCAAUUUUGUUAGAAUGAAGGAAAUUAUGGUGGAAAAGGGGUAUGAUAAGGUUGUGGGCUUUGUGCCAACAGGUUGGACUUAUGAAGUGAAACGCAACAAAUUUACAGUGAGGUCUAAGGAUUCAUUUGAGAUCCACCUUGUACCAUAUAGUGAGCAUUCAAAUUAUGAUGAGCUUAGGGAGUAUGUGAGGUUUUUGAAACCAAGGAGGGUUAAUCCUACAGUCGGUGUGGAUAUUGAGAAACUAGACAGUAAGCAUGCUCAGAAAUUGAGGAAGCAUUUUUCUGGGUUGGUUGAUGAAAUGGCCAAUAAGAAGGAAUUUUUAUUGGGCUUUCGUCGUGGAUUAUGUGAAAAUGGUGAAAAGGUUAAACUGAGUGCUAAUGCUGACUUAAAUGAGGAACUGGAACAGCGAAAGAAACAAAAUAAAUCUGAGAUAAUACCAGUAAUUGGAAAUUCUGAUGUUAUUGGUUUGGGUGAUUCAUCCUCUUUGCAAGAUUCAGGUGUUCUCACUGAUGUAGAAAGAGAGAGAAUUAUCCAGGAACUUCAUGAUUGUUUGCCCAAAUGGGUCACAAGGGACCAAAUAUUGGAGUUGAUUAGCAGCUCAGGAAGAAAUAUCAUUCAAGCAGUUUCUAAUUUUUAUGAACGUGAAACUGAAUUUUAUGAGCAAGUCUCUGCCUGUAAAACUUCUGUUUCUACAUCUCAGGCCUGUUCAUUUAAUGACUCUGCAUCACUUCCAAAAUCAGAUCCUUUUAUUUUGACAUCUCAAGCUGGCUCAUUUAAGAGCAGUCCUAAUGCUAAUAAGGGCAUUUAUCUGAGUCAAGGCCGCGGGGCUCCUAGCAUGAAGUUUUCAACUAAGAGAAAGAGCAGUGUUUCUCCUGGCAAAAGGAGGAAAACUAUUCAGAGCAAGUCAAACAAGAAAGUUAAAAGUAAUUCAAAACCAGAUUCUAGUGGCUCAAAGCAAUCCACAAUAACAAGGUUCUUCACUAAAGUUUUGCCAGGUACUUCUGAAGGUGGUACAACUGGGUCAAAGUCUGAGGAAUGCCCUGAAGAUGUAAUUAUGAUGCCAAGUGAUUCUACUGAAGAAUACAGAGAGGAAAUCGAUCAGUUUAUCAAGAUAAUAAAUGCUGGUGAAUCAUCAAGAAGCUAUGCUUUCACUGUGCUAGAGAAAACUAAAGGAGAUAUUAAUAUGGCACUGGAUAUACAUUAUAGCAAUCCCAAGGGGAACUGUCACGAGAAAGGUGUGGAGAUGGUAGUCUCUGGUGAUUCUGUUCGGAUCCAAAACUGUACUGAUACUUUCUCUUCUGGCCAUGAGAAAGAUCUGGCAAACAACUUGGGACAUGUCACUAAUUCAUCUUUGGUGCGGCACUCAAUGGAAAACACUGACACAACCCUUUUAUCAUUACCCUUGGAAAAAUAUAAACCUAUAGAAGAUGCAUGCUGGAGGCAUGGUGAGCCAGCUCCUUAUAUCCAUCUUUCAAGAGCUUUUGAUCUGGUUGAAGCUGAAAAAGGAAAGAUCAAGGCUACUUCUAUGCUUUGCAACAUGUUUAGAAGUUUGCUUGCUUUGUCUCCGGAGGAUGUGCUUCCUGCUGUGUAUCUGUGCACAAAUAAGAUUGCCCCUGACCAUGAAAAUAUUGAACUAAAUAUUGGGGGCAGUUUAGUGACCUCAGCAUUAGAGGAGGCAUGUGGGACAAACCGUGUCAAAGUAAGGGAUUUGUACAACAAGUUCGGUGAUCUUGGUGAUGUAGCACAAGCAUGCCGGCAGAAACAAACCUUGCUAGCUCCUCCUCCCCCACUUUUAAUUAGUGAUGUGUUUUCUAUGCUCCGAGAAGUAAGUGUGCAAACAGGCAGUGGAAGUACUAUCCGGAAGAAAAACAUCAUUGUGAAUCUUAUGCGGUCAUGCAGAGAGAAGGAGAUGAAGUUUGUGGUUAGAACUUUGGUCAGGAAUUUACGAAUUGGAGCAAUGAUGAGAACAGUUCUGCCUGCAUUGGCUCAAGCAGUUGUUAUGGAUUCUUCCCCUAGUCUUUCUCAUGAAGGGACAGCAGAUAACAUUAAGGAGAAGCUUCAGUGCCUCUCAUCAGCAGUGGUUGAAGCAUAUAAUAUACUUCCUAAUUUGGAUUUGGUUGUACCUUUGCUUAUGAGGAAAGGCAUUACAUUUUCAUCCUCAGCUUUGUCAAUGGUUCCUGGAAUUCCUAUUAAACCCAUGCUUGCAAAAAUUACUAAUGGAGUUCCACAAGUACUAAAGCUCUUUCAAAACAAAGGUUUUACAUGUGAAUACAAAUAUGAUGGUCAGCGUGCCCAAAUUCACAAAUUAGCUGAUGGAACAAUGCGCGUCUUCUCACGAAACGGGGAAGAAACAACAUCUCGAUUCCCAGAUUUGGUUAACAUUAUUAAGGAAUCGUGUAAGCCUGCUGCAAGUACUUUCAUAUUGGAUGCUGAGGUAGUUGCAGUUGAUAGGAAGAAUGGAUGCAAACUCAUGUCAUUCCAAGAAUUAUCUUCAAGAGAACGAGGGGGGAAAGAUUCUUUGAUUACUGUAGAUAGUAUAAAGGUUUGAUGUAUCAUCUAUUGAGAUAAAUAACAUAGUUACUGUUUUUCUCAAAUAUUGAUCUUUGAUUGUGUAAGUUUCAAGUUUUUAUGUAAAUUGGAUAUAUCUUUGUGGUAUUUAGGUCCUCUGUUAGUGGGUUUGAGUUUGAUGGCUAAGAAAGUUAUUUAAUGCUUGUUGCUCUCUUAAAUGAUGGCUUCAUAUUAGGAUAGUCUUUCAUAGCCCUAGUAUGCUGAUAAAUUGUUAGUUCUGCAAAGAAGCCAUGAUAGGGGAUAUCAGAUAGGCAUUCCCUUUGUGCUUCUAAGUGCAAGUUGUAUGCAUGUUUAUCAUGCAUUGAUACAGCAGAUAUUCCUAAUGGGUGGAUGACAUGGGUUGGCUUAAAUUUGGUGAUGAUAUUUGGAAAUGACUGAGAAGGGAAGGAGGGAUUAGAUGUUAAGUUGAUCGAUGGUGGAUUUACAUAACCUUUUGUUUUGUUUCCAUAUACAAUGACUGUUCCGUUAUGCUUUUCUGAUAUUAUGUUUAAUCCCUUUCCAGCUGUUGAAAUUUGUGUAUUUGUGUUUGAUAUCAUGUUUGCUAAUGAAGAGCAGUUGUUGGGUUUGCCACUCCGCCAGAGACGGAAAUGUAUGCCCUUUCCUCCCCACCUUGCACACCAAUAUAAUUUCUUCUCUUUC